AUGAUUCAUUCGAUUUUAUUGAAGCCAUUCCAUGAUCGGAGACAGCUCCAUGUACGUGUAUGUGUAGUAUUGUCUUCUUUUUUAUGUUACUUUUUUAGGUAACAAAUUGAACAUUUUAAUAGCGGAAUGGUUAAAUGUUAUUAAAGGAAUUGAUAAUUAGACACGCUUAUUAUCUGAUGUUAUUUUUGUUAAUUUCAGCUUGAUUUUCAUUGGAUCAUUUUAGUUUUGAAUGGAGAUAAAUUUAAAAUAAAAAUGGAUCUUCCAUUAUUUAGAUGUUUUGCGCAUAGAGAGAGGUUUUCUAUAUGAGAAUAUCAGAUUAUUGCAUUUAAGUAAUACUUUAGUCGUAGUCAAUGAUGCAACUUUGGAUAAUGAAGGCAUAGAAAGUGAGGAACGUCGUGUUUUAGAGAGGGGCAGACAAGCGCGCUGAUUGGUUGUGAGGGAAAGAGAGACGGCUGCACGAUGAAAGGAGCUUUUCGGCGGGCAAGGUCAGCUCUCGCUCGCCUCUUUCUGCGUCGAAGUCGUUAAACUCUCGCUUUUUUCUACUAAAUCUUGCAGAAAUCGGUCCGAUUCUCGCCGGAAGUUCAAGUAGCCAUGUUGGACGAGAAUGGGGCCAUCAUUCAUUACAGUGCUCCAUCAACAAGUCAGUCUGCCUACGCUGCAAGUACGUCCAAUUCUUUUAAAUGACGUGGAUUUAGACAAAGCCAAAGAGUUUCAUUUUCAAAAUGUUUCUUUGACGGAUUAUGGUGUGUCUGAUUUUAUUAUGGAGCCAGUUCUCAAAAGCAUUUGUGAUCCACAUAAAAAAGGAUUUGUUCGAUUCAUAUCAGUCAAAAAAGUGAUCAAUGGAGAAUUGGACGAGAAGUUUCAGAAGAAACAAAACGACUUCAUGUCGAUGGGAAUCCCUUCCGAAUUUGAAUACGGAUUUUUUUGUUUGACGGGAGUCAGUAGUAAAGAGGUAAGCUCAACUUGAAAGUCUUUAAUCAUUCCUAGGAAGAAGAUUUUUGUAGGUUCGGACUUAAAACAGGUACAAAUUAUAUGGGCGAAAUUGGAGAUGCCACUGAAGGUAAGUAAAGUUUAAUAGUUUUCAUCUUUUCUUAGGGAUUUACUUUUCCCGGUAUGCUGAUGUCAGUAGUCCAGCGUUGUUCAUGAGUGGCCAACCAGUGAGAAUGCUGGUUUGUAAAGUAUUGCUGGGAAGGGCCAAGAAGGUAAUCCCUCAACCGAAUAAGACUGGCUGGAAGAUUUGUCCUGAUAGGAAUUUUAAUUCUCAUAUCUCAGCAGAUACAAACCUUAAUUUAGCCGAUCAACCUCCUCAUAUCAGAUACAGACAUUCACAGGUAUAGGAUUGCGAAAUUAUUUACAAUAAAUUGCAGAUGUUUGUCUACGAGUUUGAUCGAAGUGGAAGGACCACCGUGGAUCGGCCAGCAAGUAUAUUUCCUAUGGCUAUCAUUAGCUUAGAUAUUGCAAAACCAGGGUACGUUUUUUCGUUUACAAGGAAAGAAAAGUACUUCUAUGUGAUGUGGAGGUAUAGGUCGAGACAUAUAUCAAAAAAAUCGCAAAAUUAUGCUGAACAAGAAUAUGUAAAAAUUGGCUGUCCAAUUUUUGUAAAGGCGAAAACAGCGUCAAAACCACGCAAACGCGCUUGUUUGAAAAAGUUUUUGCCAAUUUGAUAAUUUUAUUUUGAGCUAAGGUAAACUCUAGCGGCUUUACAAGCCCUUUUAAACAAUCAAAUUUUAGUACACUUUAACAGUGGUUCCAAUGUAAAAAAAGGAGUUCUACGCCAAAGAGGAUCGAACCCGUGGGCAGCCUUUCCCAUCGGAUUCUCGCUUUUCAUGUCACGAAUUUUCAUUUAUUGAUAAAACUUGUUGAUAGACCAAAAUUGGGGAGCUAAUUUUUACAUAUUCUCGUUCAGCAUCAUUGCGCGGAUUUUUUGAUAUACAGGGCGGGCCACUCGAAACGGGUAACUUUUUUAUUUGGAUUUUCCGCAGAAACUCCGCCGAUUUUUCUUAACCCUUUCCCGACGAGUCGGCACGUCUUGGCAAAAAUCAAAGAAGGUACCCUACUGAGUAACAGCAUAAUAGUGGUUCAGCCCGUCGAAGCGCUAUUUGGGACUUAUGACAAAAAAUGUCCUAAAAAGUACCACUAUUUGACAUAUAAGUUUUGAAAUUAUUUUGACAAGCUAUAGAUCGGAAACUACCCCUAAGUUAAAGUCGCGGAGUCCUAGUAUUGUUACAUCCAAGAACUGUCCAAAUUGGAGCACCAUAGGAUUUGUUAUCGAUUUUUGGAAAUUGAAUUUUUAAUUUUGGUCAAUUUUCGACCUAAAAUCAAAUAUCUCUUCCGCCGGUAUUAACCAUUUCGGUCCAAAUGUGGUUUAUACGAAGCUAUUGUGAUGCUAGCUUCUUCCUAGAAUGUUUCCACAAAAAACCUAUGAGGAAUAUUCUGUAAAACGCGAAAAUGUUGGAAGUGUAAAUGUUUCAUCGUAUAACAUGCCGCCGCGAGCCGAUAAGGGACUGGCGCAGCUCGAAACGAGAAAAUAAUAAUUUUUUUCGAGAAACAUUAUUUUAGUGUCGAAAAGCUGAUUUCAACACGAAGUACAGGCAGAAAUAGCACGCAAACUAAAUGUCGUUUUUAUAUUUUUACUCUGUUUUCAGGCAAUUUCAUUCGAGUUUAAUUUGGUUUCAUGCUAAAAUCAAACUUCUCGAAACAUUUUAAAAUAGCUUCUGGUUUCGAGCUUCGAGCUGCGUCUGUCACUUCUCGGCUCGCGGCGACAUUUUAUUCGAUGAAACAUUUAAACUUUCAGCAUUUUCGCGUUUUAUAGAAAUAUGCCUCAUAGGGUUUUUCUGGAAACAUUGUAGGAAGAAGCUAGCAUCACAAUAGAUUCGGAAAAACCACAGUUGGACCGAAAUGGUUAAUACUGGAGGAAGAUAUAUAUGAUUUUAGGUCGAAAAUUGACCAAAAUUAAAAAUAUAAUUUCCAAAAAUCGAUAUCAAAUUCUAUAGUGCUCUAAUUUGGACAGUUCUUAGAUGUAACAAUACUAGGACUCCUCGACUUUAGUGGUAGUUUCCGAUCUAUAGCGUGUCACAAAAAUUUCAAAACUUAUAUGUCAAAUAGGGGUACUUUUCCUGACAUUUUUUGUCAUAAGUCUCAAAUUGCGCUUCGGUAGGCUGAACCACUGUUAUGCCGUUACUCAGUAGGGUACCCUCUUUCAUUUUUACCAAUACUAUCGCGCACCAAAUCUCCAGCUGCGGCCGCCGUCGAAAAGCGAUGAUGGGCGAUUCCGAGACGCGACGAUCCGCGGUUAUUUUCCCGACGGACUGAUAAACCCUGUUUUUAGGCCGGAUUUAUUAAAUCUAAUGUCUAUCAAAUUACACGCGUCAACAGUAUGGAAUGGCACCCUUCAAGUUCAAAGUCAGACUGUCAAACACGUAACUCUACACUCUCACCAUAAUCUAAUGUCCCGGCCGAGAGGUCUCGAUUCCUUGAAUAUUCCUUAUAUCCUCUCAUAUUCAAGCAUGAUGAACUUUCAUCCGUUUGCUUCACUCUUCAACGAUGACAAGAUGGGAUUAUUGAUGAGACAUCCAGAGGUAUGCUUAAAGACCCAGAAUCGAUCAGAGUGUUUUGUCCAAUAUUUUGUUCUGAAAUGUGAAGAAAGCGAGCACUUCGAAGAUCUGUGCAUUUUACUUAAAAAGGAAUCUGUGGUAGGUAGUUAACUUAUGGUUGAUAUUUUCAAUUUAGGUGGGAUAUACUCGACUUUCUAAUGGGACUAGAGUCGUUCUCGUCCCGGGUGGUGGUCUGAGCUUUAAACUUGGUUUGACAAAUUAUGAAUACGCAACUAUUCAUUGUUUAUUUUUUGCUGAUCGUCCCUAUGAUUUUGCCAAUAAGAAGGUCGAAUUCAGUGGUUAUUAUGCUCCGUGAGUUCUUAUUUUGUGACAAUCAGAUUUGUUUAGAUUAACUGACAAGAUUCGUCCUGAACAGCGAAUUGAUCUGCAAGAUCCAGAUGUUAUUAGAAGUUUAGACCGUUUAUUGCCACCGAAGUGUUCUGUUACAAGACCCGUCACUCCACCUGCAAGAAAUCAUCCAACGCCUCCAAUGUCCGAAAGCCCUCAGAUUCCGGAGGACCCCAAACUGCCCGAGGUACAGAAGUUACCCGAAUUUCCAAAGGACGGACCCGAGCUUCCGCGACUCCCCGAUCUCCAAAAAAAAUCUCAGAUCCCAAAACUUUCUGAAAUCAGGCCAUUGUCUCAAAUGUCAAAGUUGUUUGAGCUUCCUGAUCUUUCCCAUCCUCCUCCCAAUUUGAUUCCACCCAGAGGCGCUCCUAUUCCUUCUAGUACUGCACCUCGUUUACCAUAUGAUUUCUCUGCACGGGCACAAAAAAGAGCAGCUCCCCUUCCAGAUAUGUCAAUCCCACCUCCCGUUCUGCCCAAGGUCAGAAGGGAUGACCCGGAGGGAAAGAAGAAUGCUGAAAAUGUGAUAAAACAAUUGAAAGAAGUUGAUAAGGAACACAUCUUCAAAGAUCCGAGGAUGGAAAUGCUGAGGAAACGAGAUCCGGAGAGAUUCGUGGAAGUUGUAAAAGAGAAGAGUCUGAUGUCGAAAGAUCAAAUGAAUAAGCCAAUCGAGGAGCCUCCGUCGAUGCCAAGCUUACCUGUCGCCAAGUCUGAUACAAUAUCGGCUCAAAUGGCUCAUAAAUCGACGGAUCCCCCUGCCUCUAAAAAGCAACCCGUUUAUGCCGACAAAUGGCCAGCUCUUCCUUCAAUGCCGCCUUCAAGAGUAAAUGGACAGCCUGGAAGCCCAGUAAGCUGUUUUUAUAAAAAUUUUUUAGCUUAAAUUAGCCCAAUAUAGUACCAAUAUGUAGUCGUUUGUAACUUUUUCAUUACAGGGUGCGGCAAUUUUUCGGCCGGAUUUUAAUUGGCCAUAACUUUUUUAGUUUUUGGGCAAAUGUUAAAAUUCUUUUUUUCCCUGAAUCGAUAGACAACCCCAUUUUGUUUAAUACCAAAUAUGUUAUACCCGUUCAUUAGACUACAGUAAAAAUUCGAGACAAAGAAAAAGCUCUAAUUUUCAUAGCUGACAAUGGAAUUACCCCUAGUGCGACUCUCAGAUUUUCUUUAAAUUUUGCACAUGGGCCGGACGUAGGCCACACAUCAAUUCCUGAAAGUUUCAGCCCGCACCUUUCAGGGGCGACCAAGAUAUUCAACGAUUCUUUGCGGUCAGGAGGGCAUAUGAGUGGUCACACAGAAAAACUUUUUGGCUAUAUCUUCGCUAGUUUUGCGCGGAGAUAGCUGAUUUUUUGUGGAAACGGUAUUCUCCAUGGCAUGAACAGGCAUGAAACUUUUUACGACAAAAUUCGUAAAAAAGUCAUUUUUCUGGCGAUUUUCACACACGCCGAAAAAGCAGAGAAAACGACCGAAAUGCCAAUAACUAUGAACUAGGUCCCUGUAUAUAUAACAUAUUUGGUAUUAAACAAAAUGGGGUUGUCUACAGAUUCAGGGAAAAAAAGAAUUUUAACAUUCGGAUAAAAACUAAAAAAGUUAUAGCCAAUUCAAAUCCGGCCGAAAAAUUGCCGCACCCUGUACUUUAAUCACGUUCGAAGUGAUAUUCUGUGUUUUCCGAACUACAACGAACAAAACAUGUACUUUAACAAUGAAAAGGUUUAACAAUCCAAUAUUUCGCAGUCAGAUGUGCGAUUUUUUUCUUUUCAUCUACCGAUUCCUGCAACUGGCCAACUAGUUUUCAACUUCAAAACCAUGUUUUGAACGGCAAAAAACAAGUUAGGACAAAAUGUCAACCACUCACUGAUUUUUUAUGACCAAAUUCCACUUUUUUAAACCUUCUUUGAAUACAAAAGUAUCUUGAAAAUUCCCAUAAAUACCCGAAAAUACCCGGCCUCUCGGGUAUUUAGGUAUAUACCCCGUCCGAACCCUAGUACAAAGCCUUGUUUUCUGAUUAGAAAACCACGUUUUUAUUUCUUCUUGAUUUUUUGAGAUCAACUUCAUCUUCCGAAAAAGAUUCCUAAAGAGUUUUGAUAUCUAAAAUCUUUUGGUCAAUCGAUAGUGUGUGGACGAAACGUCUGAACGGGUCUGGGAAUGGGCUAGAUUGACUUGAAAUAAUUUUAGAUCAAGCCGAUGAAACUGGAUAAUAAUGCAUUAAGUGGAAUUCUGGGAGGAAAAUGGUUUUCUGGAGGUCAGGACAUCGAUAUGAGGACACCUGCAGGCCCCAGUCAGACUAAUCCACCUCAAUGUGGUGUCGGUGAUGACAGGGAUGUAGUGGUUAUAAUGGAUCCGGAACUCGUUAUUUUGAAUGAUAUGUAAGAUUAAUUUGUUUGGUGCAUUCAUGAAUUGCUACUUUAUGUAUUCUAUUUCUUCCAACAUAAUUCAGAUCUGUUUGUCAAAUGAAUGAACUUCUGAAUGCGGCCACCGUUAAAAAUGGACAGUCUUCCAAGAAGGUCAGUAUUUAUUGGCAUUUAUGCAAUCAGGAAUGGCUGGAUGUUCAAAAGUAAGUAAACCUGUAAGAAAUGUUUAUAAAAAUUACAGGAAUAACCCGAUAGAUAAGGUGGUCAGUGAACGAUCAAAGUCUUUUUUGCAUUUGAUAAGAACUUACAAGGCGUCGGGUUUAGUAAAGGAUAUGGAACGUCACGUCUGUGAUCAGGCGGGCAGAUCCCCAAAUAAAUAUCUGAUCUGUUCCAUGAACACUAAACGGAAGUACCCACAUGCAAGGGUGGUAUUCCUCUCAGGUAAAUGUUUCUUUUUAUUUUAUAGCAUGUAAUCUUCAUCAAGCUCUAUACAAUAACUAAAUACUUUAGCUUUAAUCCACCCCAACUUUGGAAAUGGCCCCAAUUUUCUUGCGAAUAAUGUCGAACUGAUAACUCCGGCUGAAUUAAUGCGAUCGUUUAAAUCCUCAUGA